GCGCGCAGGGAGCGCGCGCGCGUCCCCGAGCACGGGAGGGAGGGGCCGGUGACAGUGCGGAGCUCCUGCCAGUGUCCGCGCCUCGGGAGCGGCCGGACGGAAGAGAAGGUUCGCCAGAAGCCGGUCGGCUGCCCGACCUUUCGGACUCAAAGCCGAGCUGAACGGCCGCGGCUUCUGGUUGGUCGGAGAGGCGCUGCGGCCACCUCAGGAAGAUGUUUAACGUGGAGUCCGUGGAGCGGGUGGAGCUGUGCGAGAGCCUGCUCACUUGGAUCCAGACCUUUAAUGUGGAUACACCAUGUCAGACCGUGGAAGAUUUAACGAAUGGGGUGGUGAUGUCCCAGGUUCUUCAAAAGAUAGAUCCUGCAUAUUUCGAUGAUAAUUGGCUAAACAGAAUCAAAACUGAAGUAGGAGACAAUUGGAGGUUAAAGAUAAGUAAUUUAAAGAAAAUUUUAAAAGGAAUCUUGGAUUACAAUCAUGAGAUUUUAGGACAGCAGAUUAAUGAUUUUACCCUUCCUGAUGUGAACCUUAUUGGGGAGCAUUCUGAUGCAGCAGAGCUCGGAAGGAUGCUCCAGCUCAUUCUCGGCUGUGCUGUGAAUUGUGAACAGAAGCAAGAGUACAUUCAAGCCAUUAUGAUGAUGGAGGAGUCUGUUCAGCAUGUUGUCAUGACAGCCAUUCAAGAGCUAAUGAGUAAAGAGUCUCCUGUCUCUGCUGGAAAUGAUGCCUAUGCUGAUCUGGAUCGUCAGUUGAAGAAAACUACAGAGGAACUAAACGAAGCUUUGUCAGCAAAGGAAGAAAUUGCUCAAAGGUGCCAUGAAUUGGAUAUGCAGGUUGCAGCACUGCAGGAGGAGAAAAGUAGUUUAUUGGCAGAAAAUCAGAUACUAAUGGAACGACUCAAUCAAUCAGAUUCUAUAGAAGAUCCCAACAGUCCAGCAGGAAGAAGACAUUUGCAACUUCAGACUCAGUUAGAGCAGCUGCAAGAGGAAACAUUCCGACUAGAAGCAGCAAAAGAUGAUUAUCGGAUACGCUGUGAAGAGUUAGAAAAGGAAAUCUCUGAGCUUCGGCAGCAGAAUGAUGAGCUAACCACCUUGGCAGAUGAAGCUCAGUCUCUAAAGGAUGAAAUAGACGUUCUCAGACACUCUUCUGAUAAAGUAUCCAAACUAGAAGGUCAAGUCGAAUCUUACAAGAAGAAGCUGGAAGACCUUGGGGAUUUGAGGCGGCAGGUUAAACUCUUAGAAGAAAAAAAUACUAUAUACAUGCAGAACACUGUCAGUCUGGAGGAAGAAUUAAGAAAGGCUAAUGCAGCCCGAGGUCAGCUUGAGACAUACAAGAGGCAGGUUGUAGAGCUGCAAAAUAGAUUAUCCGAUGAAUCAAAGAAAGCAGAUAAAUUAGAUUUUGAAUAUAAGCGGCUAAAAGAAAAAGUUGAUGGUCUUCAGAAAGAAAAAGAUCGGCUAAGAACAGAAAGGGAUUCUCUGAAGGAAACCAUUGAAGAGCUCCGUUGUGUCCAGGCUCAGGAGGGGCAGCUCACCACUCAAGGGUUAAUGCCUCUGGGAAGCCAGGAAUCUUCAGACAGCCUCGCAGCAGAGAUUAUUACACCCGAAAUCAGGGAGAAACUUAUUCGUCUACAGCAUGAGAAUAAGAUGUUAAAAAUCAAUCAAGAGGGUUCAGACAAUGAGAAAAUUGCCUUAUUGCAGAGCCUUCUAGAUGAUGCAAACCUACGCAAGAAUGAGCUGGAGACAGAGAACAGGCUGGUGAAUCAGAGACUUCUAGAAGUACAGUCACAAGUAGAAGAACUGCAGAAAUCUUUGCAGGAUCAAGGCUCAAAAGCAGAAGAUGCUAUUUCAGUUCUUCUAAAAAAGAAGCUUGAAGAACAUCUAGAGAAGCUGCAUGAAGCCAACAAUGAAUUACAGAAAAAGAGAGCCAUAAUUGAAGAUCUUGAGCCAAGAUUUAACAACAGCUCCUUAAGAAUUGAAGAAUUGCAAGAAGCUUUACGGAAGAAAGAAGAAGAAAUGAAACAGAUGGAAGAGCGCUAUAAAAAGUACUUGGAGAAAGCCAAAAGUGUUAUUCGUACAUUAGACCCUAAACAGAAUCAAGGAGCAGCACCAGAAAUACAAGCUCUUAAAAACCAACUGCAGGAACGGGAUCGACUGUUCCACUCAUUAGAGAAAGAAUAUGAGAAGACGAAGAGUCAAAGAGACAUGGAGGAGAAAUACAUUGUUAGUGCCUGGUACAAUAUGGGAAUGACUCUACAUAAAAAGGCGGCUGAAGAUAGACUAGCUAGCACAGGUUCAGGGCAGUCAUUUCUAGCAAGGCAAAGGCAAGCAACCAACACAAGAAGAUCCUAUCCAGGCCAUGUCCAGCCAGCCACAGCAAGGUAGAGAGGUCUCGCCAUUAGGGAUUUUUAAAAGGCAUACUUCUGUUACAUAUAACAUUUCAGGAAAUCCAGCCGGCUUCGUUUGUUCUCUCCUGUGUUGAUAUUUAGUGUUUCUCACGUGAGGAUCUCUCUUGCAUCUUUUAGUUUCUUUGUCCUUUAUGGUCUUUUCAGUUUCUUUUAAUGUGCCAAAAAUUUGUAAAUGUACAAUUAAAAACGUUGUAUAAUAGUGUAAUACUUUUCUUUGUAUGAAAAUGUCUUCUUCCCCAUUUGUGUGGGCUUUGUAAAGAAUCAGAUUUUCUGCCAAUAAUUGAUACACAAUUUAUAUUCUUUAUCGUGCCUACUGUGUUACCAUACUUUAUAAGAAUGUCUUUGUUUAAAGGGAAUUAAUCUUUUUAUGGUGUAUUAAUCUGUGUUUUCAGUUGUUUUUCAAAUGCACUUCAGAUAACUUCAAUACUUACUGUACUAUCCAGAGUGGUGUCGAGAGCACUUGUGCAGAGGCAGUAGUCAGAUUGUACGGCACCUGGCAGGGUUGCUGGGAGGGAAGAAAGAAGUUUUCAUGUUGUUUUACUAGAAAUUAAACUUACUCUAAGAUUUGGAGUUUAUUUUCAGAACAUAACUAUUUCCUGCUGUCAUGUUUGCUGGCAGAAGUGGAAUUGAUGAAGAUGUUUGGGUAGACAUUACAAGGAUUCAAAAAAAAUUGGCAGGCUUUUUUUUUCUUCUUUUGAAAUAUCUUAGUAGUUAAGAAUCAGAUUCUAGCCACACACUUUUAAUUGCUUUCCACAUGUAAAAGAUUUAUUUUUCAUAUAGGUAGCCUUCUCUUUGGGGCAGUUCUUUGACUUAUGCCUUAUAUAUUUUAUAUAUUCUGUAAGACUUUCCUUUUUUCAAUCUUGAUAGCUAACAUCUUAAUACCAUUAAUUAAGAUCAGUACAUGCCUUUUGUGUGUAAUAUUAUGAUAGAUCUCUUUACAGUGUUCCCUAACUCUACCUAUGAGUCCAAGAGUUGGUAACUGGAGAGAUUUUGGGAUAUUUGGUUGUUGAAAUUGCUUACAUUAUAUGCCACAUUUAUUUACAUAGAUGAAUGCCUGCUAAGCAGUCGCUGGGAAGCACUUUGUCUAUAUAAGGUAUCAUAUAAUUUUAAACUGUCAUUCAUUUGAAAAUAAUACACCUUUUGUCUUUCUCCAUAUUGAUUUAUAUAUUUGAUCCCAGGUAGUAUUUAAGGUUUCUUCCAGCCUUUUUCUUGUUCCAAACCACAUUUUUCAAAAGAAAAAAGAAAUCUGGAAUCUGGUCAGAGGAUUAUUUUGUUUGUGUUUAGGUAAGUCAUCUAGUGGAGGAUGUUAUUUUAUGUACUUGCUAUUCAAAUUGCUGAUGUUACUUAGGUCUGUAUAAAAGACAAAUAACUUUAAUUCCAGUUUAAUGUGAUUAAGACUUUUCAGAAACUAUAUGCAAGUGCUUCAUUUUAACUCCCUCCUCUUUUAUAAGAAAAUUGACCUAGAAAUUUGUCCUGCAUGUUUUGUUUUGUUUUUGUCAGACAGAGUCUUUGUGUAACCCAGGCUGUUGUGAACACAUGAUCCUCUGGAUUAUAGAUGGGAACCUCCAUACUCAGCUCUUAGAGAGAACCGUUCUUGAGGAAAGGUAUUAGAACACAGAGAAACGACACCGCAUCAUGCAGCAUUUCUUUAAAGAUAUUUACUGCGAAUGUCUGAGCACAGUAUGAGGCAUCCGCCUAGGCAGACCAUAGAGCAGCAGACUUGGAAAUAGUGGAGAGAGCCGUGUGAGGACAGGGCACUGUGGGCGCAGGCAAACAGACCUCAUCUGUUAGAGACAAUCUCGCUGUAUUAUCCAGACUUGCCUCAGAUCCUUUGACUGAAAGCCAUCCUCCUGCCUGUGCCUUCCAAGAGGCUGAAAUUAAGGUAUGUGCUGUCAUGCCUACAUGAUAUGUCAGGUUUGAAAAUAAAAGAUUAAAAUUGGGGCCAGCAAAAUGGCUCAGCUGGAAGAAUACUUGCCGCCAAGCCUGACGACGUCAGCUCGUGAGAUUCCUGGGGUCCAGGUGCUGAGGGAACAAGCUACUCCCAAGGGUUGUCCUCUGACCUCCAGACUCACACAGGUUUAGGUACACACACAUAAAUAUGUGUUAAAAGAUUAAAACUAGUUUAAAAUACUCUUACUUCAUCUUUAGUUCACAGAAUAUCUAAAACUCAAGCACUUUUAAAGAAACAAAUUAGUCUAUGAUCCAUACUCUUAAUAAAAUACUGCUUUUUGAGAAGUUAUGCUUGUAGAACAAAGAGGAUGUGAAAGCAGGAGACUCUGGAAGCCACUUUUCAGCUAGGUUUACCUGUGAGGUAAAAACAUCUCAACGUUUUGAUUUUCUGUUUACCUGCCCUCUCUAAGUGCACACCCACUUACCCAGAUAUUUUCUCUAGAUGUUUUGGAAAUGCCUCAAGCUUUCAGAAGGAAAUUUAGCUUCUGAUUUUCAUCAGCAUCUGCUGUGUGCUAAUUUCAGUGUUUAUAACCUUCGCUUUGUUUGUUGUCUGUAUCUUUAAUGUUUGGUGGAUUUCACUCAGUAAAUGGAAGAAAUAUCGUGUGAUAUUUCAGAAUAAAAUAAAGUAUACUUUCAUAAGAAACAGCAUCCGAACAUAUACUUUAGGCACCAUAAAGCCAAGAAUAAACCUAAAUAAAGCAGUGGCAGCUUUUCCAUUGCAUGGUUUAGGUCAGGACUUAGGGGAUUACAGUUUCUCCGUCCGUGAUCAGGAAUGUUGCGGGUACUCUGAUGAUGAUGAUGUAUGGUCUCCCUAGAAGUUAAGAGGUCAGUGAUGCUGGGCUGUGUCUCCACAGGCUGCUUUUACGGUACUUCCCUGAAGCCUCCUAGCUUGUCCUGGCAAUACAAGAGAAUGAGGACAGUGAGUCAGUGUCCUUGUAUCAGGUUGAGAGAAGCUGUUGCCAGCAUCUGAGUUCUUGUAACAAGCUUAUUUUCUGUGCCAUCUAUCCAGGGUUUAAAAAAAAAAAAAAGCCAAAGAAAACUACUUAAAAAAUGACCAUUUAUGUCCCACAUUAUACAUUUAAGAUUAGAACAGGAAAACAGUCCAGUAAAUGUAAUUUAGUUUCUUGCAUCGGAAAUGAAAAUAACUAAUAUAGUUGCACAUAUUUUAAUUUAAUUUUAAAAACUGGGACUAGAGAGUUGUCUCAGUAUUUAAGGGCAUUUAUGGUUCUUUCCAAGAACACAGGUUCAGUUCCCAGAACUGAAAUGAAAGGUCAUAAUAACCAACCUUCUGUAACUGCAGUUCCAAGGAAUCUUAUACCCUCUUCUGACCUCCACAAUCACCAGGCACAUGCAUGUAGGCAAGCACUCAUACACAAAAUAAAUCUAUAAGAGAAGAUUUAAACUGGGUCAUAAUUUUCUUUUGUCUGAUUACUUAAAAACAAAAAUAAGUCCCUAAAUAAUUGAUUCAUAUUGAAACUUAAUCUGGAUUGAACUAUUUCUGUCAUCUUGGUAAAAUUAGCUUAAUGUGAUUAAAUUAUAUGGAUGAUAUUAUACAAUUAUUUUGAAGUUGUUUGAUUAAUGUAAUUUUGAUCCCAGCUACAAAAUCAAGGUAAAUGGUCCUUUUAUUUUGUUUUUCGAGACAGGGUUUCACUGUGUAGCCUGGGCUGUCCUAGAACUCAGUCUGUAGACCAGGCUGGCCUCGAACUCAAGAGAUCCACAUAACCUCUGCCUCCUGAGUGCUAAGAUUAAAGGCAUGUGCCACCACUGCCUGGCAAGUCAAGCUGAAUGUUAUCUGUCAGACCUUACAGUCUAAUUUCAUUAAUUGUUACAGACCCAGAUAGGCAUUAAUUCUAAAAUAAGUCAGGUCUUAGUGGAAGGAAAGAUACAAUCAAUGAGCAGUGUUAUCCAUCUUUUCAAUAGCAGUUCUCUUAGUCUUGUCAGUAAGAGGGCUAGGAUGUCCUUAGUUGGUGUAGUGUUCUCUUAGGAUAUGUGAAGUACUGGGUUCAGUCCCUAGCAUUUUAGGAGAUGGUUGUACACCUGUAGAGAGUUUGAGGCCAGUUUGGGUCACGUGAGAUUCUACCUUCAAAAAGAAAAAAAUGUAUAUAGUUCUUUUGUAAAAUCUUGCUCCCAUAUAAGCAUUGAUCUAUUGCACUAACAAUAACCAUAUUUUAAGCUUUGAAAUAAUUCAUUAUGAGUUAUCAUUAAUCAAAAACAUAAAUUUUAAAAUACCUUCUUUACUCUCCAAAUUUAAUUUUCAUUUGUUCAGAUCUCAAAUCAAAUGUUGUAACAGUUGGGAAAUGUUGUGCCUGAACAUCCACAGUCCAUAUCCUAAAGAAAUCUAGCUAAUUUCCAUUUGCUCAAGUUAAUAACAUAAUUCGGCCCCACAGUGAGAGGGACAUGUGUAGUAUCUUUUCUGCUAAGGUGGAAUCACAUGAGUACCGCAUGUCUUUGGUUUUCUGUUCAUUAAACCGUGGAAGAAUAAUUGGACCUUUGUUGUUUUAGAUUAAUAUUUUUAAUUGGGGGAGGGUGACUUGGGAAGGAUGUGUGCAAGAGCCCGUGGAGGCCAGAAGAAAGCAUCAGGUCCCCCGGGGAUGGAGUUAGAGCUGCCCCUGCCCUGUGUGGAACUUGGGUUCUCUGCAAUAGUAGCCAGCUUUCCUCUCCAGCCCCAAGUAUCUGGACUCAUAUUGUGAAGAGGUGUUUUUGUUUUUGUUUUUUUUUUUUUUUUUUAUCUUUAGAUAGCAAUCAACCUGAUUCAGCUUUGUAUUUAACAGUGAAACAUAUGUGAUAUCCCAGAACAUGGGAACCUGAGGCUGGAAAAAAAUAUAAGUUGGAAGCUAUCCUGGGCUAUACAAUGCGAUCUUGUUUCAAAAAAAACAAAACAAGCGUAUGCCAAACAAAGUAGAAUGGGAAGCCAGGCCUGUUAUCUAGCAUACUCAAGACUACAUUCAGUCCCUAGUACGGGUGAAUGAAUGAAUGAAUGAAUACAUAAAUGCAUAAAUAAAGUGGGAUAUCACAAUCUCUAAAAAUUAUUUUAUUAUGUUCUGUUUUCCUUUUUAUAAAUUAAGGGGUUUUCUAUCCAAUAAAAUUAACUUUGUUAACUACAGUGCUGUCAGAAUUAAAAGCGAUCCAACCCCUUUUUUUUGUUUUUUUUGUUUUUUUGGUUUUUUUUUUGGUUUUUGAGACAGUGUCUUUCUCCAUAGCACUGUGUGUCCUGGAACCCUGGAACUCACUAUUGUAAACCAGGCUGUCCUUGAACUCACAGAUAUCUGCCUGCCUCCGCCUCCUGGGUGCUGGGAUUAAAAGUAUGCACCAUUGUGCCUGGCACCUUUUUUUUUUCUUUCUUUAUUUUUUUGGUCAACCCAAUUUUAUUAUGUUUAUUUAGAAAGAGGUUUCAGAACUUACUCUUUUAAUCUGAUUUGAAUAUCCUGUGAUUCUUUUCCCCAUUUUCUCUUUUGGUAGGAGGAAGGCUACUCUCAACACAUCUCACAUAAUUUUUUACUUUUGUAAUAUUUAAGUGAUUGAUGUAUGCUUUUCAUUGAAUAUUUGUUCAACUUUGACACAAUAAUGCUCUAAGUUUUUUAAUACUGUACAGCUCUGAGAAACCUAGAAAACAUGAAAUAAUUUGCUCAUAACUAACUCACUUGCUGAUAACACAACUAGCUUCUUACCCUUCCUGUCACUUAGAAUUAUCAGUCCUAUGUUUAGUGUCCUGUUUAUAAAACGAAAGAACCAAAACGUUCCAAACAUCUUUCCUUUUAAGUCAUUAGUUAUGCCGUGGAAAGUAUACUGGUUACUUUAAAACAUCUUUUCAAGCCAGGUGUGGUGGUGCACACCUUUAAUCCCCACACUUGGGAGGCAGAAGCAGGCAAAUCUCUGUGAGUUCUGGGCCAGCCUGGUCUCCAGAGUGAGUUUCAGGACAGCGAGAAUUACACGAAGAAACCCUGUCUCAGGAAAAAGACAACUUUUCAUCAGUCUGAUUUAUGUUACCAUUUUGAGUAAAAAAAAAAAAAAAA